AUGAGAGCACAAAUUCAAAAAGCUCCUCAGAUUUUUGAGCUGCUAAAAAAGAAGUCGGUCGGGUUGCAGCACUGCAAACCGACAUCCUCAGUGUGCGUGCUGGACUCGAAGGAUGCUGCGGAGGUCGCGCCUAGCAGACCGAGUCUUGAGUCCAUCCCAGGACCGACUAACUGGCCAAUUUUUGGUAGCCUCAUUGAUCUCUUGCGCAGAGGAGGACUGAAUAGGCAACAUGAGGCACUGAUUGAUUACCAUAAGAAAUUCGGAAAAAUCUUCCGGAUGAAACUUGGCUCGUUUGAAUCAGUCCACAUUGGCGCUCCUUGCUUGCUGGAAGCGCUUUAUAGGAAGGAGGGCAAAUAUCCUCAGAGAUUAGAAAUUAAGCCCUGGAAAGCAUACAGGGAUCUGAGGAACGAGGCUUACGGACUCCUUAUCUUAGAAGGAAAGGACUGGCAGAGAGUGAGAAGCGCAUUUCAGCAGAAAUUGAUGAAACCAACUGAAGUUGUGAAGAUGGAUGCUAAAAUUAACGAGGUUUUAGCCGAUUUCACUGAUAGGAUUGGCUCGGUUAAUGACAAAGGAAAGAUCAAUGACUUGUAUUUUGAACUGAAUAAGUGGUCCUUUGAAACCAUUUGUUAUGUGCUCUAUGACAAACGAUUUGGGCUUUUGCAAGAAAACGUCAAUAAGGAGGCGAUGGAGUUUAUCACAGCGAUAAAAACGAUGAUGAGCACGUUUGGCACGAUGAUGGUAACGCCAGUUGAACUACACAGGAGCUUGAAUACGAAGACAUGGCAAGACCACACUGCUGCUUGGGAUCGUAUUUUUAGUACAGCCAAACUCUAUAUUGACAAGAAACUGAAGAAGCACUCUAGUGGACAAACUGAAGACUUCCUCUUGGAUAUCUACAAUAACAGUCAACUCACCAAGAAGGAGCUUUAUGCAGCAACAACUGAGCUUCAGAUAGGAGGUGUGGAGACAACUGCCAACAGUAUGCUCUGGGCUAUUUUCAACCUCUCACGGCACCCCCAUGUGCAGGAAAACUUGCUGAAAGAGAUCAGGGUAGCAGUACCCACUGGACACACACCAUGUGCUGAACAUAUCAAGAACAUGCCCUAUCUCAAGGCAUGUCUGAGAGAGUCCAUGAGACUCUCACCCUCUGUGCCCUUCACAAGUCGGACUCUGGACAAAGACACAGUGCUGGGAGAUUACACUUUGCCUAAAGGAACAGUGUUGAUGAUUAACAGCCAGGCACUGGGUUCUAAUGAGGAGUACUUUGACAAUUGCAAACAGUUCAGACCAGAACGCUGGCUGGAGAACAAAGCAGCCAUCAGUCCCUUUGCUCAUGUGCCUUUUGGCAUCGGCAAGAGGAUGUGCAUUGGCCGGCGCCUGGCCGAGCUGCAGAUACAGUUGGCCCUGUGCUGGUUAAUUCGUGACUAUGAGAUUGUGGCUACAGAUUAUGAGGCAGUGGAAGCAGUGCACUCAGGAACACUGGUGCCUACUCGAGAGCUCCCUGUGGCAUUCGUUCGCAGAUAAGAUUUUUGGGCACCAGUCUUACAUGGAAAAAGAUAACUCCAUAGUGUUGUAUCAAGAAGGCUCCAUUUUGCUGCUGCAAUGCUGCUAAUGUUUCACCAUGAUUUCUCUGGAUAUACCUCAGAUAUUUAAGAUUUAGUUUACACUGUAACUGAUGAAGAUAUAGACAUACAGAUAUUUAGUAUUUAGUUUACAGUGUAAGUGAUGAAUGGAUUUAGAUAUACAUGUAAAUAGGUAUACAUAUUUUAUAUGUUAUAUUCAAACAGUUAAAUUGCUAUCUAUUUAUUAGUUUAGCUG